UAAUAAACUGUCAUGAAGCGUGGAAAAUAAUUCCAAAUGAAUGCUAAAAUAAAUUAACGUUUAAUUUUUUAGUUUUGUUAUUUUGUUUGCUCUUAUGUAAUACUAUCGCCUUCAUCCUUGUAUGUACGGUGGCCCUGAGGGGACAAACAGAAGCAACGCAAACAAACUCCAGCAACAACCGCAGAGCCACAGCGCUUCACAAACAUCUCACAACAAUGAUGGAGCUUUCCUAUCAGUCCAUGAAGAUCGCCCAUGAAGCCCGGGAGGCGGAAGAGGUAAGAACCGAGAUGAGGAAGAAGAACCUCCUCAUCCUCAUCUACCACCACCUGCUGGGGCAAGGCUACGUAGCGGCAGCCGUGGCCUUGGACCAGGAGACAAAUGUAGGCGUGAGGAGGUUCGAGGUUUGUGAUAACAUCGAUCUGGAGAUGGUGCUGAUGGAGUACGAGAGUUAUCACUAUGUCAAGUUCCAGAAGUACCCCAAACUGACCAGAAGAGCAGCAGAACCAGGUGGAAACAGAUACGCAAGAAGUGGUGGAGUUAAAAAGAGUCCGUGUUCAGCCGUGAAGCCUCUUCCCAAAAUCAGCCCGUCUCAGAAGCCACAGUCUGGAAACGGAGUGAAGAGGACAGCUGCUGGUGUGAAUGAGAACGCUUCUUCUGUAGCUCCAGAGUUCGGUCUCAAUGUUUCCUCAGUCAGAAACGGACACAGUGGAGGAGCAGCAGGGAUCAAGAAGGGCCAGAUUACUGACGGCAAAAGUACAAUUGGCAUCGACUCGGACCACAUGGAGCGGCUGCUGAAGCCUCUCAGUGGGUUUUCUGGAGUGAAUGGAGAGAUGAGAGAUCUGGCCGCUAUCAUCAGCAGGGACAUCUAUUUGCACAGCCCCAACGUGCGCUGGGAGGACAUCAUCGGUCUGGAGGACGCCAAGCGAUUAGUCAAAGAGGCCGUCGUUUAUCCCAUUAAGUAUCCUCAGCUGUUUACCGGCAUCCUGUCUCCUUGGAAGGGCCUGCUGCUUUACGGCCCCCCAGGUACAGGUAAGACGCUGCUGGCCAAAGCUGUAGCUACGGAGUGUAAGACGACCUUCUUCAACAUCUCGGCCUCCAGCAUCGUCAGCAAGUGGAGGGGCGACUCUGAGAAGCUGGUCAGAGUUCUGUUUGAGCUGGCUCGCUACCACGCCCCGUCCACCAUCUUCCUGGAUGAGCUGGAAUCAGUGAUGAGCCAGAGAGGAGCUGGAAUGGGCGGCGAACACGAGGGGAGCCGCAGGAUGAAGACGGAGCUGCUGGUUCAGAUGGACGGACUGGCGAGAUCAGAGGACCUGGUGUUUGUUCUGGCUGCCUCCAACUUGCCCUGGGAGCUGGACCACGCCAUGCUGAGGAGGUUAGAGAAGAGGAUCUUAGUGAGUCUUCCCUCCUCAUCAGCUCGACAGGCCAUGAUCUCCGAGUGGCUGCCUCCUCUCAACUCCACCGGAGGAGUGGAGCUACGGACUGAGCUGGACUGUAAAACGCUGGCAGAGGAGAUGGAGGGCUACUCCGGCUCUGACAUCAGACUGGUGUGUAAGGAGGCCGCCAUGAGACCGGUCCGCAAGAUCUUUGAUGCUCUGGAGUCACAUCAGGACGGAGACGCCAACAUGCCGGCCGUCCAGCUGGAAACGGUCACAACAGCUGAUUUCCUGGAGGUGAUCGCACACACGAAACCCUCAGCACGAAGCCUGAUGGACAGAUACACGGCCUGGGAGACAGAGUACGAGUCCGUCUGACACUCAGCCAGGCUUUAAACAGAAAAAAGAACUUCUACUCCAACUUCCACAACUAACUUCUGGAUAGAACUUAAUUUUUCUUGGUUAGAAAUGCAUCUCCUGCAUUUACAGGCAAGAAACAGCAAAAAUCCUUUCCUAAGCUGUUAAUGUUUGUUCCACGUUACUGUGAGUCGGAGCAGAGCAGGUUUCUAACAGUUUGGAGCUUUUCAAAGAUGCGAUGAAGGGAAAAAACAAAAGACAAAGUAUUAAAGUAGAACAGUAGCCUCCUGCUAAUUUAUUCAGUGUCUAUGCAAAAUCCAAUGAAAAGCAAUAAAAUAACACGUAAAAAUGUUUGCUAAUACAUGUAUUUUUUAUUUAUCUGUAAUUGUAUACAUCCUAAUGAAACAAAAAUCUUAUUUUGGUGGCAACGCAGACAGCUGGUGCGUCUGAAAUACAGAUUUUAUUGAAAGUUUUUCAUUCUACAUUCUGACUGAUAACUUGUAUUAAAUACUCUUCUGUCAGUGAA